AUGUUCUCUGAAUCGUUUGCGCUCGCAGUAGCGGCGUAUGUGGUUGUCAAGGCUGUCGAGGCAGUGGUUGGCCGUAGUGGAGCUGACGGCAGCGGCGGGGUGGUCGCCCCUGUCGCCUUUGUCCGCUUCCAGCGCAACUAUCUGGCGGUGUACCUGCUGGCGAUGGGCGCCGACUGGCUCAAGGGCCCGUAUGCGUAUGUGCUGUACGAGAGCUACGGGUUUUCGAACGGGGACAUCGCCCUGCUGUUUAUGGGCGGCUUUGGCGCGUCGAUGGUCUUUGGCACUGUCGCCGGCUCGGUGGCCGACACCCUCGGGCGCAAGCGUGCAGUCCUCGCCUUUGCGCUCGCCUACUCGCUCGCUUCGCUGACCAAGCUCUCGUCCUCGUUUGGUGUGCUCCUCGGUGGGCGCGUUGCGUCGGGCAUUGCCACAUCGCUACUGUUCUCGGUCUUUGAGGCGUGGAUGGUGUGCGAGCACAACGCGCGCGGCUUUGACCCCUCGCUCCUGGCCGACACCUUUUCCAAGACCACGCUAGGCAACGGCAUGGUGGCGGUCACGGCCGGCCUGCUUGCCUCAGGCCUGGCCGAACGCUUUGGCUUUGUGGCCCCGUUCCUCGCCGCCGUCGUCCCGCUUGUCGCCCUCGGCGCCAUUGUUGCCGUCACCUGGCCAGAGAACUACGGCGAUGCGAGCGUCAACGUGGGCCAGGGCAUGGCCAAUGGGCUCUCGACGCUCCUCACCACACCCAAGGUCCUCUGCCUCGGCCUGGCACAGGCGUUGUUCGAGGGCGGUAUGUACGUCUUUGUCUUUAUGUGGUCACCAGCGCUGGCCACAGCAGAGACCCGCGACACACUGCCAUACGGCUUUAUCUUUGCCGUCUUUAUGGUCUGCGUCAUGGUUGGCUCGGCCAUCUUUGGUCUUGUGGCGGGCUUCUCGCUCAAGGCAGUGCCGAUAGUCCUCCACGUUGCCGCCGCGAGUGCGAUGGCCACGGUUGCGUACUGCAACGCGUCCAAGGCAGUUGUCUACGGCGCCUUUCUUACCUUUGAGGUCGCGUGCGGCAUGUUCUUCCCCUCGUAUGGCACUUUGCGAUCGAUGCACGUGCCCGAGGCGGCGCGGUCGGCGGUCAUGAACUUUACCCGUGUCCCUCUCAACGCCUUUGUCAUCGCUCUCCUCUACGCGGUCAAGUUUGUCGAUCUCGAGGUGACGUCUGUCUUUUGGAUUUGCGCGUGUGCACAGGCGUGCGCCGGCGUCUUCUACCUCGUCUUUGUCGCUCUCGACCUCGCGCCCGACGCGGGCGCAGCAGCUGCGGCCAAGAAGAGCCAAUAAAGGUGUGGGUUAACG